AUGCAGCUCGGCGUCGCCGCGCUGCUGGGGGAUCGCUCCUUCCGCUGCCUCCCCGCUCGGGGCAAGCGUUGGGAGCCGCCGCCGCGGGCCGGGGCCAUGUUGGGCGGCGGGGCCAGGGCGUCCAAGCCGUCCUUCGUGUCGUACAUCAGCCCGGAGGAAAUACACAUAAAGGAACCCAUAGAAAAGGAAGUAAAUCCUCACUUACUGCCAGGUGAACUGCUGCUCUGUGAAGCCAGCACAGUGUGCAAGUAUGUGCAAGAAGAUGGGUCACAUCGUGGCACUUAUGGGAAACUUGUGUGCACAAACUUUAAGAUUUCUUUCCUUGAUGAUGAUUUUGCUUCAGAUGAUAAUGAGCCACAAUUUAAGAAUAAGAUUGUAGGAGAAAACGACAUAACUCUGCAGUGCGUAGAUCAAAUAUAUGGAGUUUAUGAUGAGAAAAAGAAACUUCUAACAGGACAGCUAAGAAAAUACCCAGAGACGUUAAUUAUCUACUGUAAAGACCUUAGAGUAUUUAAUUUCUGCCUGAGAUACACAAAAGAAGAGGAAGUGAAAAGAAUCGUCAGUGGUAUAAUUCAUCAUAGCCAGACUCCUAAGCUGCUUAAACGUUUGUUUCUCUUCUCUUAUGCAUCAGCUGCUCCAAACAACACAGAUGGGAGGAACCAAACUGUGAUGUUUGAAACCUUGGAGGACUGGCGUGAUGAGCUGGAGCGGACCAAAGGGAAUGUGAAAUACAAAGCAGUGACCACCAACGAAGGCUACAGAGUCUCUGAAAAGCUGCCUUUGUAUUUUGUUGUUCCCAUAUGCAUUUCUGAAGAGAAUAUCUUGAAGUAUGAAGGCAGAGGCAUUCCUAUUUGGUGUUGGUCUUGCCAUAACGGUGCUGCUCUUCUCAAAAUGUCAUCGUUUCCCAAAGAACAGGAUGACAGCACUUCACAAAUGCAAAAAGCCUUCUUGGAUGGAAUCUAUAAGACAAUUAGCAAACCUCCCUAUGAGCUCCUGAGGAUGGAUGACUUGUCAAGCAGCCUUCCAUCUCUGCAAGAUAUCCAGACUGCGUACACAAGAUUCAAGCAGCUGUUUUUGAUAGAUAACAGUACGGACUUCUGGGCAACUGAUGUGAAAUGGUUUUCAUUACUGGAGAGCACAAACUGGCUAGAAAUAAUCAGGAAGGUCUUGAAGAAAGCCAUAGAAGUUGCUGAGUGUCUGGAAAUACAGCAUACAAAUGUUCUCCUUAUAGAAGAGAGUGCUACUGAUCUGUGCUGUGUAAUCUCGAGUCUGGUUCAAGUGAUGAUGGAUUCAUACAGCAGAACAAAGUCAGGGUUUCAGAGCCUUAUUCAGAAGGAGUGGGUGAUUGGAGGACACAGCUUCUUGGAUCGCUGUAACCACUUACGCAAAAGUGAGAAAGAGGAGGCUCCUGUUUUUCUGCUCCUGCUAAAUUGUGUUUGGCAGCUGGUACAACAGUAUCCUCCAGCAUUUGAGUUCACUGAAACUUACUUAACUGUCUUGUCAGACAGCCUCUAUGUGCCUAUUUUUAGCACUUUCUUCUUCAACUCUCAACAUCAAAGAGACACUAAUAAGAGUGGGGAAAGCAUCAAGACACAAAGUGGUCCUUUCAGAUUCCUUACUGUGUGGGACUGGUCUGUGCAGUUUGACCCCAAGGCCCUGGCUUUCCUGAACAACCCUCUUUAUUCAGAGAAACCAAAACCAGAUAGAAGUCAACGGAAGACUUCACGGUUCAAACAUCAACGGCAACUUUCUUUGCCACUGACACAGGCAAAGCCUUCCACGAAGAGAGGAUUUUUCAGGGAGGAAACAGAUCUUUUUUUUAAAAACAUUCUGGGUAAAAGAAUUGGCAAGUUCAUAAAUUCUUCAGAUGAGCCCCCUAACAGCUUCAGGGAGUUUUAUGAUAGCUGGCAUAGCAAACCUGUCGACUACCACGGUCUUCUGCUGCCGCGCAUUGACGGCCCCGAAAUCAAAGUCUGGGCACAGCGUUACCUACGAUGGAUUCCUGAGGCCCAGCUCCAUGGCGGUGGAACAAUAGCUACAGCUGCCAGGAUUUUGGACUUGAUGGAGGAAGUGCAAAGCCUGCAGGUAAAAAUGGAUGAAGAACACAGUCAGGCUGUUUCUGGAGACGUACAUUCUGUUCCCUUGCUGAGGAAUUCUGCCCGUUUGUCAUCCUUGUUUCCAUUUGCUUUACUGCAGAGACAGUCUGUCAAACCAGCUUUACCCACUAGCACCUGGAAAGACUUGGAAGAUGAAGAUGACUUGGUCAAGAGGGAUGAUGAAUUUGUUGACCUAAGUGGGGAUAUGUUAUAACAUGUAUAUAGAUUACAGUGUGGAUUGUAUGUGGCUAAGCACUGAGUUUUAAAUGUUGUGUUGUAUCUUCAUAUAAGGAACUUGAGCAUCUGCAAACUGUUUAAUGGGUUUGUGGGGUUAAAAAUCCUUGAUUGGAAAGAACUAGUUGCUGUAAUUAACUGAGCAUGUUUUGAACUUCCAUUUCACUCUAACAAUAAAUAUUGCAGAACCAUAUUUUUAGCAUAGGUGUAAUUUAAAUGGGAGUGUUGGCUGUAGUAACAACAUGGCCACUCUGUUAAAAAAAAAAAAAAGAAAAACAGCAAAAGAAUACUUUCUGCUGUAAAGGUAGAAUGAUAAAUGCAUAUGGCAACAAGCAUGCUAUCUUAACAUCUCUUUCCCCAUACUGGGAGUGGAGUACUGUGAUUUGCAAAUUCCCCCACAUGUAAACAGUGAAAGAUGCAACUAACUCUGCACUCACAAGUCAGCUUUUGACAGCUGAGGAAUACUCUUGUGGUCGCCAGGGGUUUUCUGUCUGCUGUUGGAUCAACAGAAGUCGUGUGCUUGCCCUUUCCCCUUUGUCAGUGUUGGUCUUUGUGGUGUCAUGGUCACAGGUUGGCUGCUCUGAGCCUGUGCAUGCACUUAGCUCAAGGGUCAGAUGCAAGAGCUUAAUGACACAUUUCAAGUCUUAAUGUAUGGCUGCUGUGCUACAUGCCCUUGCUGCCUUGGAAUUUUAUGUUUGCUCUUAAUUUUAAUGAAUGAGAUUUCAAUUUGCCAUGAGUAUGUUUUCUCCUUUUAAGUAGAGGGAGACUUUCAUUGGAACUUUUCCCCCACUGAUGCCCAUUGCCUUUAAGGCUUUCUGUAGCUUGCACUGAGACUCUCCACAUAGCAGGGAAGACACUUUUCCUGUAGUCCUGCAGUGAAGCAGGAUUUGCAGUCUGUUACCACUUGUCAUGAGUUGGUACAGCUUAUGAAUGUGGUGUUUAUAGAACACUCGUGUCCUGUUGCUGGAUGUAAUAACAGUACCUCAGUGAAAGAAGCCAUAAAGAAAUGCCUGUUGACUUGGAUUUACUGUGUGUAUGUUUAUACAAAUUUUUACUGCAAAUAAUUAUCCUUUGUAAAGCUGAAUAUUAUUUGACU